AUACGAGAAGCCUAAGUGCAGCGCAGGCUCAAAUGACAGCUCUAUACUGUUGGCAUGUGUGUGCCCUUGCAGUCCCUGGAUGCUCUCUCCAUAAGUAAGACCGGAACAGCAUACCACUCUACCUCCAGCACCACCGCCAGGAGUGGACAAGACAGGGUGGGAGCGCCACCACGUACGAGGACAGAGGAAGACGACCAUCGAGGCGACGCAGGACUUAUUCAAGAUGAGUGAUCCAUGUGAAUGCUGCCAGAUCAAGCUUAAGUUUCUAAGGCAGAUCAAUGGCAACUUCAUGCACAGCCUGGUCAUACCGGAGUGGUUUGUGAACCAAUUUGGAGGAAAGAUCUGGAGAACUGUCAAACUAGAGUCCCCUAAUGGUAACGUCUAUGAUGUUGGAGUUACCGAGAAUAUGAACCGAACAAUUUUGAAGUCUGGAUGGGCAUCAUUUGUUGAUGCCAAUAAAAUAGAAGAAAAUUAUUCACUGAUGUUUCGUUACCUUGGAAACACCCGCUUCAAGGUUACAAUAUUCGAUUCCAGUGGUAAGCAGAAAGCGUCGUGCUGUGCUAGGAUGGGAACUGCUGCUUCUGAUGUUAGGAACCCAAGCACAUUUGAUGUUGAUAAUUCUAGUAGUUCUUGUGGUGGUACUACUCAGUCUUCACCAAGUGAAAGAUCAGAUUCAGAUGGAAGCCAAAAGGAAAGCUCGUACGGUUAUAAAAAAUCAGCAAAGAAGGCUGCAAUAUCAGAUUCUUCUGAGGAAUUAUCAGCUGAAGACAGUCUAUCUAGAGACAAUUUGGUGGAGUCAUAUGAUGUACAGGUGCAUUUGAAUGACUAUGUCUUAUCAGGGAAAUGUGAUCUUACAGUAGCACAGGAGGCAAAAAUACAAGCACUUGUAGAGAAAAUUCGAUCUGAAAUCCCGGUGCUUGUUGUACAGAUGAAGAAGACCAGCGCAAACUUUGGUAAUCUGAUAAUACGUAAGGACUACGCACUCAAGUACUUCCCAUGUGAAGCUACAAAUAUCAUACUUCAGCUGCCUAGGAAGAACAAGGAAUGGAAGUGCAGAUUUAAUCCAGGUCGGCGCAACCUUUAUUUGGGCUACUUUGUCCAUGACAACUGUGUUCAAGAGGGAGAUAUCUGCCUCUUUCAGCCAAUAGCAAAGGUUAAGGAAGGAAGAUUUACCAUAAUUGUCCAUCUUCUUCACAAAGAGAGCGUUCGUCGUUCCCCUGGCGGAACAGCAGGGAUGACACACACGGCUACCGACAGAAGAACAAGCGCAAAGACGUCCUUAACAGCCCGUGUUAAGAAGACGUCCUUAACAGCCCAUGUUAAGGAGGAACCAGCCACCGAUGGCGAACAUAAGACUACUGACAGAAGGACAGGCGCAAAGACGACGUUAACAUCCCGUGUUAAGGAGGAACCAGCUACCGAUGGUGAAGAUACUUCAUCUUUGAGACCUGAAGAGGAUGGAGACAAUUCUGAGGGAGCUUCUGAGACCCCCUUCGUACUGCCAGAAAGAGCCUCUAUAACGCCAGCACAGGAGCAGAAAGUGCGGGAGAAAGUAGAAGCCUUUGAGUCGACAGUACCAGUUUACGUCGCGAUCCUGAACAAGUGCAAUGUUGCUCGGAAAUCCGGCAUGAUAAUAACCAUGGGCAAGCAGUACGCGUUAAGAUAUCUCCAAAAACAGUACUUUACCGGGCAUCGUGGAAAGAAGAAUGUGAUCAGUCUGGUGCUUCAGCGGGAGGGGAAGAGUAGGAUGUGGGACACGGAGCUGCGACGCGGGAUUGAUCGUAUGAUGAUCUGUAAAGGAUGGGUUGCUUUCGCCCGUGGCAACCACCUGCAGGUGGGUGACCUCUGCCUCUUCAAGCUGAUGGAGAGCGAGGAGCCGCUGAAGAUGAUGGUUUACAUCAUUCGCCGUGAGAAGUGCUUAGAUUGAGUCAUGGUUGGGCACUUGGGCUCUUGCUAUUCUGAUUAUCUCUAAAUGAUUGGGAGAGGAAGGAACUUGUUUAUUUAUCUACUGUCAGAGGUUAUCUCAAUGGGUUAUUAGUUCUGUGUGCGCCUUGUUAUUAUCUAGACUCUGAAUGACUUUGGAUGGUCAAGUAUGAACUACUAGUUAUGUGGUUCUGAUGAGUUCUGUCAGCACUUUGUUAUGUAGGGUAACUAUGGGGUUAAGUUAAUUUGAACAACUUAUAAUUA